AUGGGCUUCUUCAGGCGCAAGGAGGGCCGGGCAGCAAGCAACAACAACAUCCACAACAUCCACAACAUCCACCACCCCUUCGAGAAGGACGGCCAGGAGUCGGUGUUCUCUAAUAGCAGUUCCAGAGCGUCGAGUACGUCUGCGAGACUGCCGGUGUCUUCCAUCCGGUCGAGCAACAACAGCCCAACGUCCCAUCCAAUACCCGAAGCCCCCAUGGCGCCGCCGCCAGAUCCCAACCUGGACCCAGCAGCCUACCUGAGGAGCAUCCAUGCCGUCCGCCAGCGGUGCGGCCUGGUGAUGGAGAAGGCAAAGGAGAACCAGCUGAACCACUUCGACGUCGACAUGAGCAAAUUCCAGACGACGGCACAGUACAUCGUCUCUAUCAUCAAGAGAGACUACGCUCCGGAUUUCCAGAGCAUUCCUGAUCACGGACGCUGGCAACACUUUGACGUUGGCGGGAAGCCUCGCAUUAACCAGCUGCUCCAGUCAUGGCCUAGCACUAUCGACAACCUGGAGAGAGCUCGCAGGCUGAUAGAUCUCUUUCUUGUGUCGGUUCUACUCGACGCCGGCGCCGGAAACACCUGGAGCUACAAGUCAAAGGAGUCCGGAAAGGUGUACAGGCGGAGUGAGGGGCUCGCCGUCGCCAGUCUGGAGAUGUUCAAGGCCGGGAUGUUCAGCAGUGACCACACCGAGCCAUGUCAGGUCGACGGAGCUGGUCUGAGGCGCCUGACUGUGGGGGCGUUGGCCAAGAGAAUGCAGCAUUCUGAAGAGAAUCCUCUUGCUGGUCUUGAGGGCAGAGCCGGCCUGUUGGCCCGGCUGGCAGACGCUCUGAACAACCAGGAGCUCUUUGGCGUUGAUGCUCGCCCCGGAAACAUGCUUGACUACCUCCUCUCUCAUCCAUCUACACUCGCUUCUUCGGUUCCCAUCAUCCCCGUCCCGCUUCUAUGGAAUGUUCUUAUGGACGGAUUGUCACCCAUAUGGCCACCAUCUCGCACCCAGAUCGACGGAAUAUCGAUUGGUGACGCAUGGCCUUGCAAAGCAAUGCCUUCAUCUCCCCCCGCAGAACCGUGGGAGAACAUCGUCCCUUUCCACAAGCUGACACAAUGGCUCUGCUACUCCAUCAUGGCUCCCAUGACUAAGAUAUUGAAUAUCCGGUUCUCAGGCCGUGAGCUGCUGACCGGUCUACCGGAGUAUCGGAACGGCGGACUCUUGAUCGAUAUGGGUCUACUAACAUUGAAACCAGAGGACACUAACCGGGGGUUGGAGGCAUACAAGGCCAACGCUAUGAUCAAGGGGCAGCCAAACGUGGAGGUAGUCCCACUGUUCAGUCCUGAUGAUGAUGUCAUCGUGGAAUGGAGGGCUCUCACCGUUGGCUUCUUGGACCAGUUGCUAGCAGAAGUAAACAACCUCCUAGAGCUGAAGGACGGACAACAACUCUGUCUUGCCCAGAUGCUCGAGGCGGGUUCAUGGAAGGGUGGACGAGAGAUUGCCGAAGUCUCCAGGCCGAAUACCAAGCAACCUCCUAUCAUGAUCAUAUCGGACGGUACUGUCUUUUAA